CGGCGUUGUUGCUGCAUCGUAUCCAUAGGUCUCCUUUAGCUCAGCCCAGCUCUGCAAGCUCGACUCGAUAGCGAGCAGCCGGCGACUUUUUCUUCUUCGAUUUCUAUCGUGGUUUUCUUUGAUUUCAACGGACCACGCUCUGUUGGGUUGCGAAUCUGCCAUUGGUAGCAUUCGCUCGCAACGGCUUUUGCUCUUUCUCAUUUUCCACUUGCUUCGACACGCUCGUUUAUUCCCGUUUUAUUAUCCACAUCGCCAUAUCACGGCCGCGGCCCGUCGCAACCCCUGAGAAGCAGAACCUCAAUCGGUACGCGAUCUGCGCACACAUUGUCGACAGCAACGCCAUGACCUCCGGAAACGACAGGGCCGCUGUCGUCUCCGGCGCCGACGUCGGUGACGCGGCCAGGAGACGCCACGUUCCCGGCACGCCUCAGCAGGUCGUCGUUCCGCAGCAGCCGCAAGCAGCGGACGACAAGAAGAAGGCGAAGAAAGAACCAUCCUUCCUCGAGCUGCUCGACCAGUGGGAGUGGCUCAUUGCACCUAUCAUCUUCACUGCCCUCGCCUUCUUCACUCGUCUCUACAAGAUUGGCCUUUCUCCCAUCGUGACCUGGGAUGAAGCUCACUUCGGAAAGUUUGGCAGUCACUAUCUGAAGCGCGAGUUCUACUUUGACGUCCAUCCCCCGGCCGGAAAGCUCCUCGUCGGCCUCAGCGGAUACCUCGCCGGUUACAAUGGAUCCUUUGAGUUUAAGUCCGGCGAUACAUACCCUCCCGAGGUCAACUACGUUUUCAUGCGCCAGUUCAACGCCUUCUGGGGCGCCGUCUGCGUGCCAAUGGCCUACUGGACCGCCAAGGAGCUCAAGUUCAGGCGCCCCGCCGUCUGGCUCGUUACUCUGAUGGUUCUUUGCGAGAACUCGUACACCACCAUCAGCCGCUUCAUCCUCCUCGACUCGAUGCUCCUGUUCGGCACCGUCGCGACCACGCUCUGCUGGGCCAAGUUUCACAAUCAGCGCAAGAACAGCUUCGAGCCAGAGUGGUUCUUCUGGCUGUUCAUGACUGGCCUGAGCAUCGGUUUCGUCACUAGCGUGAAGCUGGUCGGGCUCUUCGUCACGGCCCUUGUCGGCUUAUACACCAUCGAGGAUCUGUGGAACAAGUUUGGCGACACCAAGAUGCCUGUGACCGAACUGGCCGCCCACUUUGCUGCUCGCGUUGUUGGCCUCAUCAUCCUGCCGUUCCUUGUUUACCUGCUCAGCUUCGCCAUCCACUUCGCCGUUCUUAUCAACAGCGGACCCGGCGACGCUCAGAUGUCCUCGCUCUUCCAGGCCAACCUCCGCGGCACUAACGUCGGCCGUGACAGCCCGUUGGAGGUUGCGUACGGCUCUCUGGUGACAAUCAAGAACAUGGGCUAUGGCGGAGGCCUUCUCCAUUCCCACAUUCAGACGUACCCUGAGGGCUCCGGCCAGCAACAGGUGACCUGCUACCACCACAAGGAUGCCAAUAACAACUGGUUCUUCUACCCCAACCGCGGCGACACUCCCUAUGACCCGGAGGCCGAUCCCCGUUUCAUCGCCGAUGGCGAAGUCAUCCGCCUGCUCCACGCCCAGACCGGCCGCAACCUCCACUCGCAUCAGAUUGCCGCUCCCAUCACCAAGUCUCAGUGGGAGGUUUCCUGCUAUGGCAAUGCCACCAUUGGUGAUACCAAGGACCACUGGAGGAUCGAAGUCGUCAGCGAUGCUGCCUCCCGCGACCGGAGCAGAAUUCGCACCCUUACGACGGCUUUCCGCCUGAAGCACGAGGUUCUCGGCUGCUAUCUUCGCGCUGGUAACAAAAACCUGCCUCAGUGGGGAUUCAAGCAGAUCGAGGUUACCUGCACCAAGGAGAACAACCCGCGCGACACCUACACCCACUGGAACAUUGAGUCGCACAUCAACGAGAAGCUGCCCCCCGGUGACCCUGGCCAGUACAAGUCUCCCUUCUUCAAGGACUUUGUCCACCUGAACGUCGCCAUGAUGACCUCCAACAAUGCCCUGGUUCCCGACCCCGAUAAGCAAGACGACCUGGCGUCGCAGUGGUGGCAGUGGCCCAUCCUGCACGUCGGACUGCGCAUGUGCGGCUGGGACGACAAGAUCGUCAAGUACUUCCUGCUCGGCAAUCCCAUGGUCUACUGGGGCUCGACGGCCGCCCUUGGCGUCUUCGCUCUGUUGGUCGCCUGGUACGUCCUGCGUUGGCGGCGCGGAUACCGCGAGCUGUCGCAGGCGGAAAUCGACCAGAUCCACUAUUCCGGCCUGUAUCCGGUCCUUGGCUGGUUCUUGCACUACUUGCCGUUCGUCAUCAUGGCCCGCGUCACCUACGUCCACCACUACUACCCGGCGCUGUAUUUCGCCAUUCUCACCUUCGGCUUCCUGUCAGACUGGUUCCUCCGGAACCGCAGCAAAGCCGUGCAGUGGGGGGUGUACGCGCUCUUGGACGCGACCGUCAUCGGCCUGUAUAUUUACUUCAUCCCCAUCUGCUGGGGCAUGACGGGGCCGAACAGGCAGUACAGGUACAUGAAGUGGUUCGACACGUGGCGGAUGUCGGACUAAGCAGCCGGCGAGAGGAGAGAGAGAGAGAGAGGGAGAGGGAGGUCCCUGCUUUGGUGUCCAUCUAGAAGGCGACCUAGGUUUUUUUUGGGUGAGCUCAUGUCAUCUGACGUGUACGAUGUUUGUCAGUGAGGGGCGGAAUUUGAGUCGAAGGAUCCGUCAUUGGGACUCAGUCGACCGUGCCAUCUCGCUCUCAGUGUGUUCUCGUCAUCUUCCACCGGGCUGGUUUGGCUGGGCGGACGCGGUCCCUUCGGAGAGAAGGAACGGAUGCAGACAAUCAAAAGACAUAAAAGCUGGAAGGGACGGUAUCUGAGGGAACGUGGAGUUAAGGCUUCCUACGCACUACGCCAACCAUCUGUGAGCGAGGAGUAGAAUGGGGCUCUUGCCCAGCUGCUGCCUCCACCAUAAUAUGUCCACUU